AUGGAUUUGGAGGAGGUUCCGCUCGGGAUCGUGAGGCAGGCAACAAAGCUGGAGGACUACAAAUUUCCGGAUCAUCGUUUGCGGACGGUCAUGGCGGACUCUACAAGAACACCGUUGGUGAUCGUCGCAUGUGGUUCGUUCUCGCCGAUUACGUAUCUCCAUCUUCGGAUAUUCGAGAUGGCGCUCGAUAAUAUCAGGGAGCAUACGCGGUUCGAGGUCAUGGGUGGGUACUACUCCCCUGUUUCGGACCAUUACCGGAAAUCUGGUUUGGCACCGGCGAAUCAUCGUGUUAGGAUGUGCGAGUUGGCGAGUGAGAGGACGAGUUCGUGGUUGAUGGUUGAUGCCUGGGAGACUUUGCAAAAUAACUAUACCAGGACAGCGGUAGUUUUGGAUCAUUUCGAUGAGGAGAUUAACGGGAAGCGGGGAGGUGUGAGGACGAAGGAUGGCAAGGUGAAGAAGGUGAAGAUCAUGUUGUUGGCUGGUGGAGAUUUGAUUGAGACGAUGGCAGAGCCGAAUGUGUGGGCGGAUGAGGAUUUGCAUCAUAUCUUGGGCAAUUACGGAACCCUGGUUGUUGAGCGAACGGGAGCGGAUGUGUGGGGAUUCUUGCUGAGUCAUGAUAUUCUUUGGCAACAUCGAAAGAACGUUCUGGUCAUUAAACAGCUGAUUUACAACGAUAUCUCAUCGACGAAAGUACGACUGUUCAUCCGACGAGGCAUGAGUAUACAGUAUCUGCUGCCGAAUAGUGUGAUCAAGUAUAUUGAGGACCAUGGACUGUAUCAUGAGACAGAACCGGUGAAGACGGUCAUUCUGGAUAAAGGUGCUUGA